AUGGUCGAUUUGCGGCGAGAGCUCGAUGCCUAUCCUGCAGCAGCAGCAGCGAGAGCAGCGACUGCACCAUCUGGAAAGGACACAACAGUCGCAUUCUCAUUGCUAGCGCCGGAUGUACAGACCACAGAGCUGGAUGCUAGCUCGGAUGAUAGUGAGAGCGAUGAUGAGGUACCUAAUGAUGGUCUCACAGACGAUCAGUCUUCUCCACCAUGGAACAACAAAGGAGAUAGUGCUUGGCAGGUCACAGCAGCAACUUUGGUGUGCUUGCAAAGCUUUCCUGGGCUGGUUAUCCUUUAUGGGGGUAUGGUGAAGAAGAAAUGGGCUGUGAAUUCUGCAUUCAUGGUGCUUUAUGCAUUUGCUGCAGUUCUCCUCUGCUGGGUUUUGUGGGCACAUCAAAUGUCCUUUGGCACCAAGCUCUGCUCAAUCGUGGGAGUGCCCGAUUUCGCACUGGCACAGAACUUUCUCUUAAUCCAAUCUAAACAUGGGCAUAUGCCAAUGGCUAUCUAUGUCUAUUAUCAAUUUGGUUUUGCUGUCAUUACUGUCAUAUUGCUUGCUGGGUCUCUGCUAGGGAGGAUGAACUUCUUCGCAUGGAUGAUGUUUGUUCCUUUGUGGCUCACCUUGUGUUACACAAUUGGAGCUUUCACUAUUUGGGGUGAUGGGUUUCUUGAAUCAUUCAUCAUUGACUAUGCAGGCGAUUUCGUUAUUCAUCUUUCUUCUGGGGUGGCUGGUUUCACUACUGCUUACUGGGUAAUCGACAUGAAAACCUAA